UUAGUUCGUUUCUUGCGCAGUGCUCAGCUAUAACAGUUAGAAAAGUAUUAUUAUACUACGUUUCAUGUUUAUGCACAUAUUAAUGACACGGUACUCCUAUACAAUCGUACUCCUUAAUAAUGAUGUGUAUACUUAUGGGAAUUUAACUGUACAUAGUUGUACAUUGAAGUAUGGUCCCAGACGGAAUGUUAGAAUAAUACUGCUGGAAUAUCUAAUACAAUAUUGGUAAAUUUGGAUUUAAAAUUAUUGUACACCAAGGGCCAGUUGUACCGCCUACGGUUACACUUCGAUUACGCUUAAUCAGCUGAUAACAGAUUUUAUAAGCGGACAAAUUCGGCCAAUUAAACUUCGGUUAACUUUAAUCGGAGAUGGUACAACUGACCCUAAAUUAUGUAUUCCCUAUCCCUACUUAUAAUCCAUAAUAUGUAUUUUUGCGACUGCCAACAAUUGAAAUCAUUAUAAUAUUAUUUGAGUAUUUAUUUUUAUUUUUUUAACAGUAAAACCUUUUGUUAUAAUAUUUACGUGUAUGGUGUAUUCGUGUGGUUUCAGGGCACGAUUCGGGUACAUCUCGAGAUGUUGUUGGCGAAUACCUUGAGUGAAGUUAUAUCCAGCAUAGUGAUAACGGGUAUCAACCAGCACGGGGUGUCGUCAGCAGCGUCCAGUGGCGUUGUGGCGUCGCCCACGAAAACGCAAUGUUACGACCGGGACAAGCACGCGUGGUCCAUAAGGAGCGAUUGCCAAUCGGAAACGGUCCGACUUCAUAUGGUCUACAAAGAUAUUCAGAACGUGCCCAGAAAUCACCUCAGGUAUGUUUGUUGGACGGCGUACCUGCUGCGUUACCACGGUAAAACGGGCCACGUGGAACCGGUGCCAUUACCAGGUGCACCAUUUAGUCACUAUUACGCCACUGACGCCACUGACGAAGGGAUUAUAAUGGAAACCGACAUAAGCGUCAAAGAGCUCCGUGAUUCGGGUUGUCCUUUUUUGACAGACAAAGGACAAUUGAGGGUCCAAGUCGAAUGGGAAGAAAGCUAUUUACUGUUCCAAGCUACAUACCAUAAAUAUGACGACGUCAGUAGAACUCACAACUACCAGAUGAGACGCGAGAUCACAGCUCUGCAGGCCGAAAACUACAGCUUGGAACGACAGUUGUUCAGCUACCAGAAGAGCAUGUCGCUUGUUCAGAGCCGGGGCACCACGUACUCGGACGAGCUGGACCCGACGGACGUCGGAGACGGCGGCGGCGUCCCGGUGGACGAUCGUGAAGAUCAGCCACAUCAUCAGCAUCAGCACCAAGGGGGCGGAGGUGGCGGCAGUGCGUUCUACGACGACGGCGCGCCCCUACAGCUGCAGUCCGCGGUCGUCGUCGGCCCCGACAGCUACCCGCUGCCCCAACACCACCCACACCACCAUCAACAGCAGCACCCACCGCACCAUCAACUCCACCAUCAUCACCCACUGCCGCAGCCGCCGCAGCAGCACCACCACCACCACCCAUGAGGUCGGCUGCCGUUCCACGAGACCGACGACGGCCACCGUCACGUGCCGCACUAUCGGCACUCGGACGGCGGCAGUGGCCCGGCCACGUGGACGUCGGUGGCCAGCAACGCGGUCACUACAGUGUUCAAAAAGGCCCAGAGACGUUUCAGCGUCAUCCUCUACAACAACAACAAUCCCAUGUGAACGUGCCAAAGACGUAUUAUAAUAAUAAUAUAUAUAAUACCGGCUCGUAAGAUUUCAACUCAAUCGUUUUAAUAAUAAUAUUGUUAGGUAGGUUUAAUACCACUGCAUGCGAUACUAUUGCGUUUAUUUUUUAUUUAGUUUUUUAGGUGUUUGUCGAGUAGGCGCAUUCAAUUUCAUUAUGCAUAUAAUAUAUUGUUAUGUGUAUAGAACGAGUGAGUAGUAGAGAAACGUAGAAAGAGAGUGAGAAGGAGUGUGUGAGAGAAAGAGGGUGACAGCAGAAGAAGGUCUUCUAAAACUUUCUUGCCCGUCAACCUUCAGCCGACAAAAUAUACCUAUAAUUACUGCGCAUUUCGAACUACUACAAAAAAUAGUUUAACGAAUAUUUUUUUUUUUUUUGACACUACGUUUGUUGUAUAUAUGUAAUUAUUAUAAUAAUACUUAUCGCAAAAUCCCGACGACUUUCGUCACGCAUAAUAUUGUAAUAUAUUCACAUAUAUUAGGUAUAUUAUGCAUAUUACGCAGGUCAAAAUAUGCCCCUAAGGUAUAAUAAUAAUUAACAAUAUAUAAUAUAUAGUAUAUACCGGCGUAACUAGUCAAAUAGCUUUUAAAUAUUGAAAAAAAAAAAUCAAAAAAAUAUGUAAUACACAUUUUUGCACUUUAUGUACAAUAUCCAAACUGAAAAUCCCUUGCAUAUAAUUUUUUUUCGAAAUUGUCCCAAUUUUUAGCAGACUAGUUUACGUACCUACUUACGCAUUUUACACUGAUGAUUCCUGGGAUCGUUGCCUAUAAUUUUAUUCUUUUUAUACCAUUCCUGAAUACACCAAAAAAUGUAGAGAGCUGGGAGCUCCUACUGAAUAAUAAGGUAAAUAUACUAAAUACAAUCAAAACUACUUCUAUCAAAACACAAAUUAUUUUUAAAACUUCAAUAUAAUAUUAUAUCAUACAUCAUUAAAACACUGUUAUAUUUGUUGUAUAUAUUUAUCAUUAUGCUUUAAAUGUUUAAAUUUAUAUUUAGGCUUUUUAACACGUUAAGCCUUCAAAUUGUUUAAUACUCCCAAUUUUAUUUUCAUUUGACUCGAAAGACAAUCUAAUAUCGUUCUACAACAUAAUAUACUAUUUCAUGUCAGAGAAAAUUUCCGUUGUUCACACGGAGUUAUUUUUUAUUUAAAACACAAUUAUAUUAUGUUAGCGUUGUGUAAGCAAUACAUUUAAUGUUAUAAAUUCUAACGUAUUUUCUAUAAUCAUCUCUCAAAAAUUAUACAUUUGUAUACGCAAUCUGAUUAUGAAAUAAUAUUAAAUGAAUGAAAUGUAUAAAUAUUAGGACCAAUAGUAAUAAUGUUAGGGUCUGGGGUCGAAAUGACAGUUGGCAUCUAUAUCAAUAUUUUAUCUUAAUCCUUUUUCACAAGGGAAAAAUAAAAAACCAAAGGCCAAAAUGACUUUUUUCCCACCGAAUAAAAGAUUUAUUUCAUGAAUUUUGGAUUUUAUAAUUUACUCAUUCACCAAUAAUAUUUAUAUUUCUACAUUAUAGUUAUUCUUCUCUCAUUUUCAUAUCAAUGAAAUUUUGUUCAAUAUAUUAAUCAAUAGACCGAAUAAUAUAAUAUGACUUGAAUAACUUGACAUUGCAUUAUAUCUACUUAAAAAUAAAUAAAUUAUUUGGUGGAGUUUGAUUUGAAAAUCAUCGACCAUUUUGUUUUAAAUUGACUUUUAAUAUUAUUAUUUGUAAAUUUUCAGAUUAAAAAUAGACCUCGUUUCUGGAAUGAUAAAGUCUAAAAUAUUAAGAAUAUGAGGCUAUUUUCACAGCUAAGUGCCUAUACUACAUAAUUUUAAAUUUACACUAUUGUUUAAAGAGUAAAAUUUACCUUUUGACUACUUCCAAAAAAUGAUGUUCGAUCUCCCAUCUAGAUUACAUUAUCGUCAACUUGACAACACUGUAGAAAUACAUUUACAUUGGUAACUUAAUUACCUACAUCUACGAUAAAUUUUAGAUCAUUACGUUUUCAAUUAUUUUCCAAAAUAACAAACAAUUGAAUAAUUAUAAUAUUGUAUAUGCCGCGUUCAACAAUUCGUCUAUUGUUUUUUUUUUUUUUUUUAAUAUCUAUAAGUGCUCGUCCUAAAUUCUGAUUUGAAUGUAUUAUGUGUUGAAAAGUUCCGGUCAGUUUUUAUAUAUCCUUUCAUUUGCAGUUUGUGUGGGUUUUUAAUUUUUUUAGCUUUUUAUUCAUAAUUUAUAAUUUAUAUUCAUGUUUCUUCGGAACAUCUGUAUUUAAUUAAUUUGCUGUGAAACACGUGAUAUUUAUAUUUUAAAAUAACGUGCGCAUAGAGAAAUUAUUUGAUUUAUUACAAUAAAAUUCUACAUCCUCAUAUCGAUUCAGGAGAAGAUAAAAGAAAAUAUAUAUGAUGGAUCAUACAACUUAUCACAAUGUCCAUUCAUUACACAGGCAGUGAAACAAAUCCAUCCAUAUAAUGCCCAUUUAUUUCCACCUUUUUUAAAAACCUUUUGGAAAAUCAUUUUCUAUUGAUUGGAAAUUAAAAUAAUUCAUGCUAUUAGUUUUAAUCGAUAAGUAAUCAUAUUCCACGAAAAUAAUAUAAAAAUUUCGUUCUAAAAUUUCAUCUAAUAUUAAUAAAAAAAAAUAUAAAUAAUAAUGUAGGUAUAUAUAAACCAAUAUUGAAUACGGGGUUUUCCAUAAAAUAUAAUAUAUUCUUCACACAAUUGUAUACUAAAUUUACAAACCAAACGGGACGAAUACUUCUGUAAAUCAUUGAUAUUUAUAAUGAACGAGAAGUGUAAAAUAUGUACAAUACGACAACAUUUUUCUCAAAAAUUGCAACUUUAAAAUUUAUUUCAUUUUAUUAUUCAUAUUCUAAAAUUCCAAUAAGUCACAGUUCGUUUUGAAUAUUCUACACGCUAUUUUUAAUAUAAUUUAGUUAUCACUACUUUUCAAACGUUUUCUGGCAGUGUUGGUAUAGGUAUAAGCAAUUGUUGCUAUUAAAAAUUAUACAAUACAUACUUCUCAGCAUUAAAAAAAAUAAUAUAUAAAUAUUAUUAAAUAUUAUUUUAAUAUAAAAAUUAAAAAUUAUACGUACUAUCUACCUAAAAGCGUAUUUUCCCGAUUCGUGUGUAGGUAUCUAGGUAAACCAUAAGCGGUUUAUCCGAUCAGUAGAAAACAUUAAUUUUAAAAUUUAGAAGCUGACAACAAUACCUUCUAUCGUACGUAUGUGUGUUUAUUAAUUUUACGUCCGGUAUUUUCGGAAUGUUCGAUUAUAUUAUUGUGUUUUGCAUCGAACCUUUUGUGGUUCUAGUUUUACGAAUACUUUUAAAACACGAGGCUGAAUUUCACAUGGGAUUAAUGGGGUUAACCCCAUAAAACCGUAUGGAAGUUUUCGAAAUUAAAUUGUUAUGGUGAUGAUUUAGAAACUUUAGAUAUAGUCAACAAAACAACAAAAUACCUAUAUAGGUACUUCUUAAAGUAUUAUAAUAUAAUCAGGUAAUGUAUUGCCAUUAUUUGGAUUUAAUUAUAUUUUUUUCUGAACUUAAUUUUGUUACGUCACAAUAGGACCUAAUAUUAUUAUUGGAUUUUUAUAGAUUACAAUUAAACUUAAUGAUGUUUAGCACACGCAGGGGUCUCGCUGUAUCUCUGUAUUUCGUGACGGUCGGUACACGGGCCCUCGUGUUCACCAAAAUGAGCACGAAAAAUUUAAGCGAAAAUUCUAAAAAAAUAUUUAGUACACGUUUGUCGGAAAAUAUUUUAAAGGUUUCCCCAUACGUAUAUAUUAUAAUAUUACAUAAUAGGUAUACGUACCUACGGUAAUCACAAACCGACUCGAAAAGUUUUUUUUUUUACGUAUUCGGGACACGUAUCAUGCAUUCAAACGCCCAAAACUGCAAUGCUAGGGUUUUGACUUGAAUUUUCUAUGUUUUUUUUUCUCCAUUUUUGAUCUAGUACCAACAGAGUUAAGACACGUGUCGUCACCGUCUGACUGUACAACGAUUCCAUUAUUACACACGCGACAAGCCCGCGAAUAUAUUUUUCACCGUUUUUUUUAGAUUUUCUUUUUACUUAUAUAUUUUCGUCUUCUCGCGAUCUCGUCGCGGACAUGCGUACUCGGUAUUAUUGUAAAGUCGGUGCAUUAUUAGAAAUUUAACACCUAUAUGUACCUUAUAUGCUGGUACAUGGAUAUACGGUAUAUACCGCAAGUACGCGUUAUAGAAAAUCGAUUCAUAUUAUACGAAAACGCAUAAUAUUAUAGUUACAUAUUAUAACGACGUAUAGAUUAAAUUUAUUUUUUCUAACGCUUGUAAAAAAAAAUUUACUAUAUUUACUAUUUGAAACUGCAAAGAUUGGUUUUUUUAAUUAGACGAAUUAUUUAUUUUUAACCGUAUUUAGACGGUAUAUGUAUAUACCUACAAAAUAAUAUAGUAUAAUAUGUCAUGUUCAUAUAUUAUAUAGAAUGUACUUACCUAAGCGGCUACGCAUUAGACGAUUAGAGAAGGUAGGUAUACGAAUUGUUUAUUCUGGAAUGCUAUACAGACAUAUAUUUCUACCUGCCUCUAUACAAUGUCAUAUUUUAUGUAGGUACAUAUUAAUAUAACAUGCAUUAUUUUAUCUAAUAUAUAUUCAGUGUAUGAGAUAUAUUUUUGGUAUGUGUACGCAAAUACGAAAUUACAAAAACUAAAAACACCAUAUAAGCACCUUGUGUGUGUGUGUGUGUGUGUGUGUGUAUGGGUGGGUAAGAUAACUGUAGAAGGCACCUAUACUUUAGAGCUGUUCAGUGACAUUUUCGAUAGAUGCCAUUUACAUUUUUAAAUAUUAUUGAGCUAAACGUCCUGCGGUAUAGGUACUUUUAGCAUAUUUUAUAGUAUUUGCUGCUUGUGAUAACGGACAUGAGUAGCUGCGUGAACCGUUUGCUAUACGCUGUUAAAAACCACAGGCGACCGACAAUGUACUAUUAUUUUAUAUUAUUAUUAUAUAGUAAUACCUAACUGAUUUUGUUUCAAACUGAUUUUUUUUUUUUUUUAACAUUAUAUUAUUAUAUUCUUAAAAAUAGUUUGAUAAUAAUAUUGUAGGUACAUUUUUAAAUUUAACACGGAACGCGCGUACUGCGUACUUGUUUCAAACACACAACCUAUACCUAAUACGAAAACCAUUUUCUCCCGCCAAUAUAAUAUAUUUUGUGUGUCACGCAUUUGUUGACGGGUCCUACAAUCGAAUAUCCUUAAAACUCUGUUUGGUUUAUCCGAGGAAGUUUUUUAGGAUAUAAUUCCGGUCGAGCAGACAUAUGCGGGUGGUAUCGCGGAAAAAAUCAAUGGGAAGAAAAACUUUUCGUGAACGUUCUCUCUGUUCCUUACAAUAUCCCAUAUAUUUCACAUUUACGGCGAAUUUCUCAAUGCUACGCCUGGCAUGAAUUUAUAUAGAAUAUUAAUAUGAAAAUGAACUUAUUUUUUUAUAAUGCUACUCUUGUACUUUCUACAGUAGACGUAUAUGUGUGUAAAUCUAAGCUAUAAACGUUAAGUGAUCCUUAAAAGCUGCACCAUUCGAUUAUACAAUAAUAUAUAUAUUUGUAUGUAUAUGUAAUAUAAUAUAUAACAAUGUGUAUUAUGCAUGUAUACGUAUAUAAUAUGUAUAUUACCAUCAGCAUUUUGACCACUAUUUAUCUGUCAAUUAAAACGAUUUUUUUAAAUAAUGAUUCUUACUUAUAAGUACUUAUUGUGAUAUCGAUUUGUUUCUAUUUAUAUUUUA